CAACUUCGGUAGCAUCGUGUAUGUGAAUAAUUUAUAGUUGGUCUAGUAGUGAAUAAUCAACAAAGCAGAUCGCCUCCCAUAGGCUGUUGGAAACUUUUAUCAGCAUUAGUGGGUCGGAAGUAGAAGUUUGUAUCAGAAUCAGAACAAAUCCUGAAUGACACACUUUCGUUAUCAAUUUUGGUAAACAACAGAUGAUUGACUAUCAUCAUAAUAGUAGCGGUUCUACGACUGGAUGGUGUGUAUAUCAGAGCCAACAAUGACCUUCUUAUAAAUAUAAAAGUAAAUGCAAAAUCAGUCCUCGUCGUCAGUUCAGCAGUGAACUUGCUUAUUCUACAUCAAUUUUAUGUAUUGUGUUCCGUGUUCGUGCUCAGUGUUGUGUGCAGUCAUCAUUUGGAAGUGCACUCAGAUAUUCGCAUCAAAAUACAAGUUGAUGAUCAUAUCAGUAAAAUCGAUCAAUAUCUAGGCACUUAACAGCCAAUAGCUAUCAGAUAUAACGGUUUAGAGUGAUAUUUGAAUCCUUAAGUGAUUUGUGAUAUUAUAGAAGAAUAAUGGCCUCUGAGCGUAGAUUAACCCAAUUCCGAAACUGUCGCUUAUUGAGAAAUCAUCAAUUGGUGCGAGAUGAUCUGUGGGUUCGUGAUGGUAAAAUAAUUGAUCCCGAGAAGGUGUUUUUCGACGAAAAACGACAGGCUCAUGUUCAGAUUGAUUGUAAAGGAGCAAUCUUGGCGCCAGGAUUCAUAGACUUACAAAUCAAUGGAGGAUAUGGAGUUGAUUUUUCCUAUGACAUUGCAACCGUCGAGCAGGGAAUUGCCAAAGUAUCCAAAGGUCUUCUUACGCAUGGGGUCACUUCCUAUUGUCCAACAUUGGUCACAUCUCCACCUGAGACGUAUCACACGGUGCUGCCAAAGAUAUCCAAAAAAACAGGUGGUCACCACGGUGCCACUAUCUUGGGAUGUCACGUAGAAGGCCCAUUUAUAAACAGUAGCAAAAAGGGAGCUCAUCCACAAGAAUGCAUCAAGGAAUUCGAUCAGGGCUUCCAAACGCUACUAGACGUGUAUGGAUCACUUGACAACGUGUGCAUCGUUACUCUUGCUCCGGAGAAGGAAGAUGCAUCGGAAGUGAUUCGUGAGCUUAGCAAUCGUGGUAUCACUGUAUCAGUCGGCCACUCGAUGGCUAACCUUCAUGAUGGUGAAGUCGCAGUGCAGCAUGGUGCAAAGCUUAUAACGCAUCUGUUCAACGCUAUGCUACCGUUCCAUCAUCGCGAUCCUGGAUUGGUAGGUUUGCUGACUACGGACAAUAUCCCAGCAGAUAACCUGGUCUACUUUGGCAUUAUCUCUGACGGAGUGCACACUCAUCCUGCUGCGCUCAGAAUUGCUUACAAGACUCAUCCCGAUGGACUCAUUUUGGUUACGGAUGCCAUUUCGGCCAUGGGCUUAACUGAGGGUAGACAUAGAAUCGGACAGAUGGAUAUUGAGGUGCGCCGUGGUCGAGCUUAUGUCGCUAAUACUGAUACUCUAUGCGGAAGCAUCGCACCGAUGGAUGAAUGCAUACAGUUUUUCAAAAAAGCUUCAAACUGCUCAAUUGAAUACGCUUUAGAGGCUGCAUCAUUACAUCCUGCCAAAUGUUUAGGCAUUGAAGACCAGAAGGGCACGCUUAAAUAUGGAGCUGAUGCAGAUUUCGUUAUUUUGGAUGAUUCAUUGAAUGUACUGUCCACAUGGAUUGCCGGAGAUUGCGUUUAUGAGAACGAGUCUUUGUUAUCCCCAAAACUUGAUGCUACUUAUAGAACGAAUAACAUCGUAUAAAAUUAUUAGAAUGUUAGGUUGUUGUAGACCAAUGACAAUUUGCCGUAUAAUCUAAGUCAACCAUUCCGAAGUUAAUAUUAUUAGCGCAACAAAAAAAAACAAUUUCAGUUGAAAUAAAUUUGAAUCGUUUUUACAAAAUCCCA